AUGGUAAUGUUUACUGCAUAAAGGUAAAUAACAGUCUCCUCUAGUUUGGGGUGAGGCAAAAUUUUGUUCUAAUGUGAAUCACUGAAAUAGCAAGUGCUACCUCUUCUUGCUUUCCGGUACUUUUUGAGUCCUGAAAAAUACACAUAGAAGACACAAAUUUGGAUUGCUGAUCCUGUACCGGUCAUUGGCUUAUCUAGAAGUUUUUGGACAGUUGAUAGUUUUAAAUAAUAUUCUCCACAUUUGGUUUUCCUACUGCUAUAAGAAAAUUUGUGUAUGUGCAAGUAUGUGGUGCACUUGUGUGUACAUUUGGGUAUUACUAAUAUAGAUUUUUUUACCAUUUCUUGUUUUCCAGCUGACAGACAGCAUGAGAGACCACCACAAUUGCCAGUAAGUUAACUGUUAAUUUUGUUCCAUCACCAUAGUUGGUGAUUAAAAAAGAUACUAAUACAUGCAGGGAAAGUUUGGGUUGUUUUACAUUUGCCUCAGUGCUUAAUGUUUGUUUUGAGUCAAGUUGUUGCUUUGAAGACAAACAAAAAAGGCUCUGAUAUAUGAAAGAUAUCAAGGAGUUUGUAUCACUAUCAGAUGGCGAUGAUGUUGCCUUGGACAAAACUGAGUAUCACUGCAAAUGUUACUCAGGAACCCCUCUUAAUCAUUUGAUCGUCCUUUAAUAUCUUCAAACUUGACUUAAAGCAGGAUCCUUGAACAUUUCAAAAAAACUGAGGAUCAAGAAUCUAGUUUCAAAGAGACAAAGUUACAUCUAAAUGGCACUCUACUUUGUCUGUAAAUACAUUAAUUUGUGAUUGUACUCUGCCAAAAGCAGGUGCCUAGAGACCCAGUCAUGGAUGAGAGAACAGUGACCAUUCAAAGAGUGCUUGACCAAGAGAAGCAGUUUUACAGGGUAACUGUGAAAUUUCUUGAAUCAUACUCAUAAGCUCAUACUGUCUUUAAUUUCUUACACUUGUAAAGUUGCUCAUUACCUGACUUUUUAUCAAUGUUUCCUUUGAAGAAAACAUUGGAUGAGUAUACAAGGAGACCAACAGAAAACCUUCAAAGAGAGGUAUGUAAUAUUUGGAAGAGCUGCCUUCCACAGCUUUUAGCCAGGAUUCGAAAAGUGUCCAUUCACAAGUGAUAUGUGGCUGAAGGUCAAAGGUCCCAUUCUGCCAAGGGGGCCUGGGGGUAUGCUCCCUCAGAAAAUUUUGAAAAUUGGAAGUGUCUUGGGUGCAUUGUCUGGGAUUUUCAGCCAAUAAUUCUAUUGAUUGACAAUUCAUAAAAUGUGUCAUCUUUUUUUGUCAACAACCUAAAAUUGAUUUAAAUUUGACCUGCUUCUGCCCAUACUUAAUGCCUCAGUCGCAUUAAGCACUUCCAUGCCUGUCAUUUAUUCCAAAGUUUGGUUGAUGUUGCUCUUGUUGGCCAUUUUGGGGAAAGGUAGAGACUUGGAAUGAAAAAACAUUUGCUUUCCACGAAAUUGGUUCCAUAAUGUUUGUCAUGCUCUAAAUACAUAUUAAUGGAAAAUGGUGUCCAAUUUUUGACAGUGAAAGAACUAUAGAUAGCUGAAGUAGAAGUUAGAUGAUGGUGAGACAGUGUCUGAAGUUUUCCCACAAUCAAACAAUUAUGAAAUGAAUCAAAAUCAACAAGAUCUGCUUUUAUUUAUUUAUUUUCUCCUAAAAAGUGACUGUCUACCUGGCUAAAAGCCUGCUUUGAAGUCAAGGGGUGGGUCUCUCACUUCUACAUGUACCUAGAGGCAAUGAUCUUGUAAUGAUUGAUUUUCCUAGUGUCUUACUAAAUUUUUUGUUAUUCCCUUUUUAGCUUGCAGAAUCAACAACGCGGAUCAAAGCUUUUGAGGCAGAGCUCCAUGCACAGGUUUUUGAUGGUUUAUUUAUUUUUACUUUAGAAGAUUGAAAUGAUGGCAUAACUGUGGAAAGUAUUUAGAAAAAUGGGGAAAAGAAUAAACACUAGGAAGCAGUGGUGGCCUAGGGAAAGUAAAAUUAUAUUCAAGUGGCUUUCAUCAUUCUGCUCUCUUUCAAAGUUCUCCACAUGGAUUGGUUGGACUGCUAAUCCCCUCAGUAACCACAAAGAGUAUGUUAAGUAGUAGUGGUAGUAGUAUUAGUAGUCAUUAUGUCCUCACAAGAUAAAAAUUUCCUAUCUUAUGUUCAUACUAAAAAUGUGGAAAAGUAGCAAGAAGGUCAAAAACGGUAAAAACAUGUAAAAACAAUUCUAAUCUUGCAACAGUAAGGAACAAGCCUUAUUGCAUAAACUGUACCUGCUAUUAUUUGGUUUUGUUCCUCACAUCCCAUUGGUUACUUCCUAUGGUUGACCAUGUUCUUGUUUGCAUCCUCGUCCAUUUGUCUAGAUAAGAUUUUUGUACCACAGGGGUGGAUUGUAAUUAGUUUGAUCACAAGACCCAUAUGGUUGUGUGUAUGCAAUGGAGCAAGCAAGGCUAAGAAAAGCUUAUAGGCCAUGCAUGACAUGAGCUUAAACAAGAAAGGAAGAAAAAUAGGAAGGAGACUUUCAUGUUAUAAAAUGUUUGUUGACUGAGUUAGGUUGGUCAGGACAGGAAAAUGUUUGGUUUUUGGGCAUGGUGCACAGACCCCACUACCCUUGGUCUGUACAUUAUGAGUGAAAGCUAAAUAUUUCCUGUUUGACCCUCCCAUGCUGUCAAUAAGUAUGAGUGAUUAUACUACCUUUCUUGAAGAAUGAAAGUUUACUGAAAUGCAGUGUGAGAAUGUACAUGUUGUUUUCUUUAGCGACUGCCUGUAUCAAGUAAGAAUGGACCCUUUUCCGCUCCUCCUGGUAAAACAGUCUCUCCAACCUGGCAGCAAGUAAACCGAUUUCCAGCCAGGUGUAAUUCAGUACCAUCAGCGGACAACACCAGUCCUCCUCCAGAUCAUGAUCCAAAUGCACUGUAUGAUAACUAUCCACCAGCUGUUAUUUCAGCUGGCAUCAGUGACAGUAGAGAAGUUCCUUCUUCUCCACCUCAGCCUCCCAUGAGAAAGAUCCCUCAGAAAGGGGACCAAUUUAUGGUAUGGUAUCUUUAACCUUUUAGUGAUGGUUUAUUUAUUAUUUUUAUUUACAUGCCCUUUCUCAGGAAAUGAGGGAAGGUGGGAACAUGCUGCUAAGUUUGUUUAAGGGGUAUGCUUUUACUUAGCAUAUUAAAUUGGCUAGAAAAGAAAGUGACACAUCAGCUUGAUUUACAAGGUUUGUUCUAAUAGCAUGUUCAAUGUGUUACAUUGAGCAUUUAGUAUUAUAUUGUACAUUACUAUUACAAACAGUAGACUCCAGAAUAGUUUGGUGUCAGCAAAAGUUGGUUUGAGUUGUGUGAGUUUGAGGUGGGAGCCUCUGUCUUCUGCUGAUAAGAAUCUGGAUAUUGAGGGUUUUCACUGGAAUGAAAUCCUGUCUGAUUUUCCCUUGAUUUAGUUAUAAAGAAAUUUUUUAUUAGGAUUUUGAGUAAACUGUAAUGGCAGUGAUGGUUGAGCUCUAUAUAAGCGUGAUGAUGACUCCCUAGAACUAACUUGUUAACAUGACCUUCUAACAAUACUGUUGCAUUAAUCUGUAGCCUCUUAGUGGUAUAGGUUCAGGUACUUAUCCUGGAAAAAAAAGGCAUAAGAAGGUUUCAGUAAGUAUUUUUUUAACCCUUGCUAAUUACUAAACCAUUCUUGAAAAUAACAGCAGCUGUCUCACACUUGUUUAAGUACAGUGUACUUGGCUUUGCUUAAAAACUCUCCUAUAUUAUACAGCUUACUGAUGGUCCAACUCAUGUGAGACAACACUCCAGUCCAGAAUCUUUCUUUCGUCCCGCUAUGAAUGGCAGCUCCUCUGAAAAAUCUUUGCCUGUAAGAAAUAAUAACAAGAAAAAGAGUUUCGAUGAUGGAUCUGGACUGUCAUGGAAGCCUGGUUAUCCAGCUGCCAAGGCACACAAAAAUCCUCUGGUAAAGGGAGUUUUCUUUGAAGUUGCUCUGACUUUUUUGUUGAUUUUUCACUUUUUGAGUUUAAGACUAAUAUUUUCAAAUGUGAUCUUCCUUGGGAAAAUGUACACUCUAAGGUGUCCUUGCUUUUGAACAGAGUGCUGUUCACUUGAUGUGUGUUAGUGUUGAAGUGACUUGUAAGUCAGUUUAAUCUCUAUCCUUUCAAAGGGGGUGCACCUGUUUUUGAAAAAAUAUUUUCCUUGUUUGUCUGUGGCAAAGAAGCUUUCAUUAUUUUGAUGAAUUUUCCCAAUGCAAAAAGUGCUAUACUUAAGUUUUGUGACCUAAGUGUUAUUUUUAUGGUGGGAAUGACUGAAAACUACAACUUAACUUGUCCAAGGUAGUAGUUACUGUAGAAAAGUUCAAACUUGAGAGCAAAAUAACUGAAAAAAACUCCUUGAAACAUACACACAUUAAUUUUAUUUAACUUGAAUCUUGUUACUCACUCAUUCUGUGUAGACUGCAUCCCUUCCAAAAGCAUGGAAGCCAAUCGGUCAGGAUAACAAAGGUAUACUUAUGGACAAUGUCAGCAGUAAAAGCAGUAGCAGUGGCAACAGCUCACCACCACCAACACCAACGUUAACAGAACCAUUAGAGAAGAAAUUACGCAAUGAUGCUGCUGAUAUAUACAUUGAUGAAGAUGAAGAAUCAUCAUAUAACACCAUUGAAAUCAGCAAGGGUAAUGACUCUCAGAAUGAUCCAAUCAUGUCAAUGGAAGAUGAAGAGUUUGCCUCAGAUGAUGAGAAGGUGAGAUUGAGAGGAUCUGAAAGUUUUGUAUAAAUUUCAUUACUAAACAAAUUGCCUUCUCUUCAUUUAACUUAUUCCAAUAUCUAUCAAAGUAACCUUCAAAAUGUUUUAUACCAUAUAAAAUCAUGGAAAAGAGUAUCAAUCCAGUACUUGUCUCUUUACCUCUAACAUUUAGAGCAAACUAAGAUAAUGUUGAUGACUGACCCAAUAGAUAUUGAAUUUUCAUACUUGUCAGUGUUGAGGGUUCAUAACACAAAAAUAUAGCUUUCUGUCAUUAAUGAGGGAAUUUCUUUAUGGUGCCUAUGUAUAAGUAACAAAUCAUUUUGUGUGAGUGGCAAACUUCAAUGAAUAUUAGGUUGCAUUUGUAUAGGUCUAAUGUUCUAGCUUUGAAAUUACCCACUAACCUUUUUUUUAUUUUGGGUGAAAAUGAACCAGUUGCCAAGUGCUGUUUCAAAGUCUUGAAUUUUUGCUAGAGAUUCUAAAACCAAUUUUUUUUAUUAACAGAUAGAUGACCAUGGACCAUUCAAUGAUCUAGAAGUACUUAAAAAUAAAGCAGGUAUAAAAAGCCUAAAAAGGAGAACCUUAUCACGGGAAUUGGGGGUAAUAAAGACCACUUCUUGACAAGAAAAUGAAGUUUACUUGUGGCGGGAGCCUCAGAUUUGGUACAAGGCUUUAGAAAGUUGCAUGUGUGAUAUGGUUAACUCUUGAUGUUAAAACUUGCAACUCUAUGGAAAUACUUCUGUUAUAGUUAGUUUUUGAUGAAGACAUCAAAUCAGAGAUGAAUUUUAUUUCUUCCCAGGAGGAGUAGCUUUGCUCCUUUUUUUUUGGUGCCUACAAACCUAAAUAAGUUUGUACUUCACUUAAAUGUGAAGAGACUUGAGGUUUCUCAUUCACUCACUGUUGAAUGGGAACUCUAUAUUGUAGGGGAGGGUUAUAUCUUUUGUAUAUUUUAUUAUGUCAAGGGGAGGCAAAGACAGAAUGUUGUAAAGUAGUAGUGGUGUUCUCAUGAACAUGACCCCUUUCUAGAGGAGUUUGCAAAAUUUAACUGUUCCUCUUAAAAUAUUUCAGUAAUGAGACUACUGUACAUGAUUUGAUGCAGAUGAUUUGGGUCAUCUUAAACUUGGCUUUGCCUCUUUAAUUACAGCUCAUAUGGCAGUUUUCCUUCACUACCUUAUCUCAAAUUGUGAUCCAAGUAGUUUGGUAAGUGCUGACAUUUCAAGGCUCCAUCACAGGGUUAUGCAUUAUGUGCUUGUGCUCAUUGGUGGUCAUUGAUAUCUUUUGAUAUUGAGCUUUGCGAUGGCUAAACAUGUCUCAAAAAAGAGCAACAUGUAUUAUUGUCAUCAUGUUGGCAUAUUUAUCAUGCACUAGUUUUCAUUAUAUUCAGUUUUAACAGCUAAACUUGCUGACAUAAACGGCUUCCUGUGUCCUCAAAUGCACAUCAAAAGGUCUUCCAUUUGGCAAUGGAUAACAAGUUAAGAUGUUUCUUAAGAUGUAUAGACCUAAGGAUUUUUCCAUUAAAGGAGGAUUUUUUUUCUUGUUUAGUUCUUUUGGAUGGUCACAGAUACCUACAGAGAAGGAACUGUAAAAGAAAUGAAGAAAUGGGCAUAUGAGAUUUAUUCUACUUUCCUGGAUGAGCGAGCAGUAUGUAGAGUUUGACCUCUCUCUUUAAAUUCUAUGCCCUUAGUACACUUAUAGUUGCUGUCAAUAUUGUUUGAUCCAAUGAGAACACUAAUUUAAAAUUUGAUUUAAUUUACUUAUUCUAGCCUCUGAAGGUUGAUAACAUGGAUAAAGAGACAGUCAUUGAACCAAUUGGUAAGUUAUAUCCUCCCCUUUUUUUAUUGUGCACUGUUAUUCUAUUUUUCUAGGCUAACAUAAACAACAAUUGUAAUUUUCAUAGGCAACAUUGGUUAAUUUUUUAUACAAUAACUGGUACAUUGCAAAAUCAUGUUUCAGUGAGUUGUCUCAGGUCAGAAGAAAUCACCAAAGACUUGUUUCAACAUGCAAGGUAAAUUUCACUUCAAAACUAGUAUUAUACUUCAUUUUGCAAAAGUAAUGCAAACACCUGCUGAUGAAAUUUGAUGAAAUUCCCAGCUUUCUGACGAAUUCUUGAGCCAUGUAUUGAUUUGAACGGCUUGAACUUUUGGGGAGAUAUUCCUUGAAGGCAUUAAUGCACCUCGAAAAUUUUGAGGGAAAAUUAAUUUUGUGCUUCGGGGUGAAUCUUUGUAACGAAAAUUUGUUGUUAUUGUUCAGUCUUCUCUAAAAGAUUUGGUUGAAUUUGUAGUUUGUUGCUGUGUAAUGCAGGAGAGAAAAAUGUUGAAAUCAAUUCCAUGGACUGAAUUGUUCGCCCAUGAGUCUGAGCUACAAAUUUCUCUAUGUGUUUGUGUCUUUGUUAAUGAAUGAUAAACAACCAGAAGCUUCACAGUUUGAAUGGAAAUUUGCUCUUCUGGUUCUCUAAUGGUAACUUGCAUUAAAUGAAAAUGAAAAGAGUAAACUACUUCAUGUAAAACUUGCAUGGGAUUUUCCACAAUGAUUCCAGUCUCUGUGCGACUUAUGUUGUUUACAAUCGGCAAUGCUCAGUGUACCAGUUGUGUCGAUGCAUUUAGGAUAAUAAUUAUUUAAGUACUCUACUUUUGGUAGUCAAAUUAUUUAAAAAAAUAAAAUUGAGGUCCUCCAUAAGCAAGGCCUCCACACACCUGAAAUACUGAAGUCAUUGAAACAUUAGGGUUACUUGUAAGCUUUUCCCUUAUCACGCACAUCAUUACAGAGUUGCAUUUUAAUGGUUCCAUGGCAGAUUUACAUAUCACUGCUGGGGCAUGGAAGAUGUUGUGUGGAUGUGAGAACAAUGCAAAAUCAGUAUUGGCAAGAUAUGCCAGAAAUUACACAAAAAUAGGCCAAUGUAACCAAAAGAAUAGAAGUGGUGCUUUCCCAAUUUGAUAUUGUCAGCUGCCUUAUUAAUUAUUCAGUGUUUUGUUGUGAAAGUGUAAGUAUUUCACAACCUUUGUUUCACACACUUUUCUUUGUGUCUGCUUCAAAUAUGCUUUUAUUAAUGUUAAUUUAUGCACUCUGAAGAUAAUUUUUUUAAUUGUGAAGAAUAAAUAUUUUCUAAACAAACACUGUGUUGUAAUAUCUGGAAAGCAUACUGCAACCAGCAAUAUGGGUGAUUUCUAAUUGUGUGGGACCGAGAUUGAAUGAAAGAAUAGAAGUGACGCUUUCCCAAUUUGUUAUUUUCAGCCGCCUCUCACUAAUUAUUCAGUGUUUUGUUGUGAAAGUCAAAGUAUUUUGCAACCUUUGUUUCACACACUUUUCUUUGCGUCUGCUUCAAAUAUGCUUUUAUUAAUGCUAAUUUAUGCACUCUGAAGGUAAUUUUUUUUAAAUUGUGAAGAACAAAUAUUUUCUAAACAAACAUUGUGUUGUGAUAUCUGGAGAGCAUACUGUAGCAAGUGAUAUGGGCGAUUUUUAAUUGUGUGGGAUUGAGAUUGAAUAAACAACUAAUGUAUUUCUCAAUUGCAAACAUUUGACAACGCUCAAGACACAUUCUCUGCUCUGUCUGGUGAAAAGUUAAUGUACAAAACUAUUCCAACCAUUUGAGAGUUUAUUUCUAUCAAUACUUGUCUCUUAGUUGGAAUUGCUGUGAGACGUUUGGGGCAGUUCAUCCCUAUUUGCUUUGGUUGUUGUAAAGAGAUUGAACUCUGAAUCAGAUGUGAUGGUUUAAGCUUUUUUUGCCAUUUUGUUUCUUUGUUUAAACAUCAGACAAAUGAAGUUGAUGUGCAAAAUAUCUGGAUUCCUUUGGGAAAUAAUUUCAGCCAAAUACAUGUAUCUUGGUCAGAAUUACUGUAAGAUGUUUAGGGCCGUUUACUCUAUUUACUUUCGUGUUCAUACACAGAUUGAGCCCAGAAUCGGACGUGAUGUUUUAUUCAUGUUUUGUCCUUGUCUCCUGUGUUUGGUCUUAAAUUUAAAGUGUUGUUAUCAUACUGUGUCUUGGUGACUGAAAAAAAAGUUUGGAAGUUCAUUUGGAAUUAUUUCUUGUUCACUACAUGAAUGAUAAACAAACUUGAUCACUUGGAGAUUUCCAUUGUCAAAUCAAAGCAAAAUUGGUUGAUCUUCCACAAAUUUUUGUUUCAUGAUGAAAAUUGAAAUGACAAAUCACUCUUUGUUCAAACAGAAUGUUGCUUAAAAGGCCUCAAACUUCCAAUCAAAUUUUCUUUAGAACUUUGGACGAAAGAUUAUUAGGACAAAAACAGAAAUUUGCAGUAUUUAGUUUGCAUUACCCUUGCACAAUGCUGUUGCUGGCAGCGCUUUUAGCCUUAAGAGCAGAAUAGCUUUAGAGAAGGCAGCACCCCUAAGUUGUAUGGUGGGAUUAAAUCAGGCACUAGGUUUGUAGUGAUUUAAUGAAAGUCAUGGAAAGGGAAUUUUGCCAUGAAUAAAUUUAUCCCUCUGAAGGGGACAUACAUAUUCACAAGGCAGGAGCUUUUACACAAUUUAGUCAAACAUAUAGGCUCUAAGGGAAUGUUGCUAUCUUGUAUAAGAUACAUAUUUAUUUUUGUUGUUCAACAGGACUUUUGCUGAAGCAGAAAUAAAAGAAUUGUUACAGGACUUUAGGAAUAAACGAGCUCUUGGUCUUGGAAGUUUGUUUGGAGACCACCAACUGGAAGGUACCAUUUGAUAACAAAGUCAAGUUUUGCUAUAUAUUUUCUUUGCAUAGGUCAGAGAAGAUGCAAACAAGCAAGCAUUGUUUAAAUCAAACCAUUUUGUGUAUAAUAAAAUGUUUUUUACUCUUUUUUACUGCAGAUGACAACAUGGACAAAGGAAAGGAACUGCAAGUAGUAGAGCAAACUCUGAUGCCCCAUUUGGAUGAGAUUCUGUAAGUUCAAUCACUUUAUUUUGUAUCCUAUACAGAAUGUAAGUGACAAUAUACUUAGCCUACUGGGACACUAGAUGUGCACCCAUAAAUCUGUGACAUGUGUUACUAGGCCAACAACAUGGAACUUGGUUUACAUGUACCGUAUUUAUUCUUGUAUAAGUCGACCUUUCAUGACCAAAAAAUCAUCCUAAAAAAUCACCUUUGACUUAUACACAAGUCAUACAUAAAGACCUGACCCAAUCAAUCCAAGAAAUUAGCAUAACAAUUGUCUGAAGUCCAUUAGGAAAACUGAUUUUAAAAAACCAGUUAUAAUUGUGUUCACUUUUCAGUACUUUCUUCGUCAUUAAAAAAAGUUUGAAAUAAUAAAUUUUGAGUGGCUUAACACAAAGCUACUGGAACUGAUUUCUACUGUGUCUUCAGAAUGUUGAACAGACAUUUUUCUAAAAGCUUUGCUGCUGUUUGCAGUGUUGAACUUUCGUUUUCAUCAAACAAUUUCUGUAGCUUAGUGACUUGGCAAAUGCUGUUGUCUCGCACAGUUUGGUUUGUUACAUGAGAUCCUUUGAAGCUCUUUGGCAUUUCUUCAGUUUACCUAAUCUCCUUUCAAUCUCAACAUUAAAAUAAGGUUGGUUAAAUGCAAGAAGAUUUCAUUUUCAAUGUGAUUCACAAAAUAUGGUAAAAAUACUUCUCCAGUAAAUCGAAGGGCCCGUGGAUGCCUAAAUUGUGGUGAUAUAAACAAGUGCUAAUAAACUUCAUAGCACAUGAUUACAGGGUUUUCUUUCAGGUUUUAAGUAGUUGGAGCUUUUUUAAAGGUAAACGGUUGUGGGUCUCGAAAUCCAAUAUGGCAGACAAAACGUCAUAUCGUUCAUGCUUUCCUGCCACCGCAGCAAGAUUUGUCAAAAAGACAGUCCCCAGCAGAAUGUUUUUAAACUUACCUUGAGUCAGAAGUCUUUUUAUGUUUUCAGAAAAGAUAGGCAGGGCAAAGUUACAUUUUUAUUGAGCCCAAGUUUAGACCUGAUAAACAUCAUCUCUGUACGGGCUCUUGAAGCAAUGAAAGUAGCUGACGAAACCUUGCAGAGAAGUUGGCCUACUCCACAGGCUGCCAGCUCUUAUCUACAACCCGAAAUUACAUUUUGCUCUGAACUUUUUCAAUUCCCCAUGUUUUCAAUACAUCAUCAGAAAUAAGAGAUUAACUUUUUGGGAAAUUUCUAUCUGUCAAAAUUCUACUUAUUUGAUUAGAAAUGAUGAAAAAUCUGAUUUUUGACCUUGAAAAUGGGGGGGUCGACUUAUACAUGAGUUCAACUUUUACACAAGUAAAUAUGGUAAUCCAUCCAGCUUUUGUAAAGUGUUGAUCAGUUUCCCACUUAAAAAAGCUAUGAUUAUUUUCAAGGGCUGAGUUGGAGACAAAUACAGAUGCUUCACAAGUAAACAGGAAGUAAGUGAACUUUUGGAAGCUGUGAUGGUUUUGUGUCAAAUGAUUUUGAGAAACAGAGAAAUGCCAACGCUAACCCAUAAAUAAGAGGGAUUGUGGAAACUACAUAAAAACUUAAACAUAAAAGAAAAUGUGAGUGAUACACAGGUUACAGUUAAAAAAUUUCUAUGAUUUGCUGAUCAGUGUGUCCUUUGAAUCUUAGCAAUGCAAUGGUGUCAGCCCUUACCACCUUUCUAAGACAGGUUGGAAUCACCAUGAAGGUUAGUGCAAGUUGUAAUAUGUAGUAUUCAACCUAGAGGGUUUGUGUUUGAAAUGGCUAUUGUUGUUUCAAAUUCUGAGAGGCAAUUGGUUAAGUUAUAUGAGUCAAAUAAGCUGCUGUUUGAGUGAAAAGUAAGGUUACUACAUAAAUGGUACAUGGGUAGGAUGAGGCCAUUUAUUUUCCUUGUAUAUGAUUAAUGGCCCUCAAAACCCAGGGCACCACAACCCUCAUUCAUAUACUUCCAAUGUGAGUAAAUAUCGUGGUAGGCAAGGAAUAUGACUUGCUUACCUUCUUAUGGAGGCAAUGCCUUUGACAAACCACCUUUCAUCUCAAUCAUGAGGUGCUAGCUGCAUUUCAACUUUCUGUAAACAUGUUAACACUGAAUGAAUUUCAAAACAUGGAGCAGGGUGGUUCUCUAACCAUUUUGCCUUUCAAGUUGAAACUCCUUGACAAUCUUGCAUUUUGUUAAGUCUUGUUUUAGGUUUACUUCAGUACAGUCUUCCUGCAUCUGGCUUAGUGUAGCAGCUUAUAAUUUUUUUUUUUUACUUUCUAAGGGUACAUUUUAAUUUUGGUUGGUUUUGCAGCAACAAGGAAACAAUGCAAACAUUCUAGAACGAUAUCAAAGCUUUACUCGAAAAGAGAACAAACCAUUAUUCAAGAUGAAAUCAAAUAAAAAGGUAAGAAUUAUUUAUUUAGGGAUUUGUCGCCUUCUUUGGCAAUUAUAAUUUAGUGUUGUGUGGAAUAUAAACAAGCAGUGUAAAGCAAUUCUAGAAGUUAAGCUAUCACUGUCUUCAGCCUCUCUAAGGUAACUCUCCUCGUGACCAGACUGAUCUUUUAAUUGUGAAAGUUGUAUUGAAUAACUAAUGGUAGGGGGCAGAUUGGUCACUUGGUUUUUGCCGAAAAACAGAGGGGUUUGGUCUCUUAGAGUUUGGGAUCACAUACAUGUAAUCUUCUGAGCCUAAAGAAAGAUAAUAUAUCCUUACUACAGCAUAAACCUAAUGUACUGCUUUUACUGUUUCAGUCAUUUUUGUUGUAUUUUUUAUGUUCAGACUGAAACAAGUAUGUCUUGAAAAGAAAAAAUAAUGAAUAAAAAGAGAACCCCUAAAGUUAAAGCAAAAUGCAUGCUGCUAGGCACAACUUUCAUUGUUUCAGACAUAAUUAAAUUUUCUUUCCUAGAAAUGCACUUCCACCCCUUGUUUCUUAUCUUUCAUCAUUUUACCAGGUAGACUUCCAGUUAGUUUCCCUGACUAGUUCUCUCACUUUAUGUAAAUCAUUUUCAUAGUUGAAAGUUUGAUGGAGCUUAAGAAGUAUCUUUCAAACACAUAAUUUUAUAUUGGGUCUCUGCUUAAUGUUGUGGUCUUUUAUCGCUUUUUUUUACCAGCUUUAUAAACAAUAUGAUAUAGUGUUUUUAAAUAAGGGAAAUGCUGAUAUGUACUAGCAGAAUUGGAGACCUAAAAGGAAGCUUUUGAACAAACAAAAAAAUUGUUUCCAUACCUAAUCCUCUUUUCCUCUGAGGCCUUUCCCAGGGAGUUCUUUGAUUAAUAACUGACUCUGUAUUAUGGCAGAUGAAAGGGCACCACUUUGUUAGUACACAGUAUACAACUCCAACUUACUGCAAUCACUGUGGUUACCUGCUGUGGGGGGCUGGAGACCAAGGAUACCAGUGCUCAAGUAUGUUCAAUGAUUGGAACUGAUGCAAUUAAAUAUAAGGGAGCAUGUGUAGUUAUGUGAUCUUCCACUGAGGAAGAUGAAGAAAAUAACAAUGAUUCACCAGUUCAUUACAUGCUGUGUGAUUCAAAGUGCAAGUUUAGAAAAGUAUACGCAGCCCUCCUCUAGUUUUAACAAAACAUAGUUUUUUCAAAGUUUCUCAGGAAGGAAAGAGAUCAAUCCCUUUAGCCAUGGAAAUUCCAAUCCUUGAGUGGAAGAGGGAAACAUCUCGAUUAAUUUUUGGAAGCCAGUUAUGAACUGAUAUUAACUUUUAGCUAUUAAGUUCCCCUAAUGCCCCUGUUGUUUAGUUAAGGGGCCUGGAAACUUUCUUAACAAAAGUAAAAAAACUCUUGAGAACAAAUCUCUUAAUAAAAACAUUGCCAAUUCACCCUCUUAAUGCAGUUUUGGUUUCUCUUUAUGGAAUACUGCCUUUGUCUUUGAUCAAUUACUAGCUUGUGAAUACAAUGUACAUAAAGGAAGCUGUUUUGAGACAAUUGAGGAAUGUCCAGGAACAAAGAAAAAAAGGGAAAGGGUGAGUGAAGUAGACAAGAUGUUCAGCCUAGUUUAUUGUUCACAGAAGAUUUGUUGACUGUCUAAAGCAAGAUUUAAACCUCUGACUGGUGAAGGAAAUUUGUUCAAAGUUCAAUUUUGUUGGUGUGGGGUAUAGCACUAUCCAAUUUAUGGAUAAUCCUUGCUUUUUCAGUUAGGAUCUGAUUAUCAUAUGAUUAUCCCAGUUAGCAUGAUGAACAGGAUGAAGAUGCAAGUUGUUAAUGCAAUUAUUAAUUUAACACUUAUUUUUAUUUUAAGGAAAAUUGUUUGAAUGUCUAUUUCAGUUCCAGCUAAGACUAUCAAUGUCCAAGUAUGACUGCUUUGAAAAUAUUUUUUAUAAUAACUGCAGCAUUUUGCAAUAAUGAGCGGUGAUUUAUUGUGUUAUUUCUUUUAGAAACCUACCACUCAAACUGGCAGGUCACCGUCAUUUGCAAAUAAUCCAAGGAAAAGUAGUCAACCAGUGGGGCCAUCUCCUUGUAAGUGACAUGUAUUUCAAGGACUUAUAAAUCAAAACAAAAGAUAACUUUUUUCUUUGUGCUUUGAUAGUAAUUAGAGAAAUUGUUGGAUUGAUUGAGUUUUCAUGACAAAGUGGAAACAUGAUGAAUGUUUAAACUAAAACUGCUUUAGGCUUCAUUUUCUUAUAAUGUUUGUUCCACACUACAGACUGGUCAAUUAUUUAAUAAAAGGAGAGAGAAAGGGUGGAAGGAAGGGUGAAUGAGAGAAGGAAUAACUAUUGAGUAAAUGGAGGCAUUUUGUAAUGAUAUUUAGGGGCUCAGAGUUAGAACCCAUGGGUGGAAGGAUUAUAUUUGGCAGAUAAAUCCUUAAAAAAUAUAUUAGGCUAUCUAAAGAUUGCAUCUCUUCCCAUAGACAGCUUAAAAAAACCUUCCAAAUAUGCCAUAGUUGUAUGUGAGCAAUGGAAUUCUUUUUUUUUGUUAUGUAGUUGGGGGGAAAAAUUGGAACCCAGAAAAUGAUGAUGAGAAUGAAUCAGACACUGGAAACACAGGUAUGUAUCAGGGGAAGUAAAUACUAAUCUGCAUAUCUUAAAUACAUCAGUAUUCGCUUUAUUUAUUGCACAAAUUGCACAAGAAAAAUUAACAAUGUUUUUACUACAAAUUGGACUUUGUCACAGUGACUAAACCUGUGUGUGUUUUUAUUUCUUUGUAAUUUUUUAAUUUUUUAAGUAAAUAGCUAUACGAAAAAAACCAAACAAACAAAAACUAAUAGUCCUCCUCUCCUGUGGCACCAAACCUUUCUGUUCCCAAAACAGCUUUUAGUCAGGUUUGCCUGCAGGGUUCUCCAAUUUCUUGCCCUGUUGCCACAUUGUGAAUAUGAGGCUGUUGAAAGACCCAUCCAGGCAUAUGUUUCAUGUUUUUGUUCUGUAGAGCACAACAAGAAAAAGAGUGGUUCAUUUGAUGAAGAUCUGGUAAGUAUCAGUGCUCUUUAAUUGGAGCCAUACAAAACUCUUAAUCUGCCUUUUUCCAAAGGUUUGUCAACAAGUUGCAGAACAGAUUCAAAUACUUGGCAACUGUUCUUGGCAAUAGGUUUUGAAACCUUUAUUCUGUAGAGAGAAUCUGUCUAAAGGUUCAAAUCCUAAAUAAAGGAAAGGCUUGCGUGAAGUUGAAGGUGUAGAGAAAACUAAACUAUUGUAUACUCGUCUGGAUUUCCAACUCAGAAUCACUUAAAAGGAACUGAAAUUCCCUGGGGAUGAUUUUAUUGAACUAGUAACAAGUUUGAUUGGUCUAAUGUUUUCAACUCUCGCCCUUGAUUGUCUUUUGCCCUAUGACCCAGUCACUGUUCUUACUAAUCAAAGUCUUGUUUUCCAGAUUUCUGGUGGCAGAGACAGAGGGUGAGAACACAAUUGUACUCAUAUUUGUGAUACUUAAGUGUGACUGUAGUAGCUUGCUGCCAUGUACAUGAAUCAAGUCUCAUUGCUUAGACUCAUUCUUUUGUGUUUUUUUUUAUUGAUUGAUAUGUUUGUUUGGUUUAGAAUGACUGCAGAUGACCUGUCCAGGUAAGUGCUCAAUGAAGCUUGUGAUGAUGUGGGGUAAUUUCAAGUUCUUCAUAUGCAAUUCAUUUUGGCUUUGGUUCACUUUUAGAAACAUUGUAUAUACAUGUAAGUUUCAGCAGGGUGCAAAGUACUUUUCAAACUUACACAAUUAUUCUUCCAACUGGAAAGUGUCAGCAGAUUCUGAUUAUUGGUAGAAAUUUAGUGAGGGAUAAUAUUCAGCAAGUUAUUCCCAGCUACAAGAUUUUUCCUGUUGAGACUUGUGUUAAAUGGUGGAAAGUUUGUUUCAUUGAUUGCGCUCUAUGAUUUGGUGUUUAUUUAGGUUUUUGGUUAAAGAGAGGGUAAUUUUUAUGAAGUAAUUUCUAGGUAAAAGAGAUUUUCCAUGGAAAAACAGUGUUUAUUUCAUUGAUUGGGUAUCACUAUUUUCCCCAUUUUGUGCUUGUCAUUGGCAGGUUUUAAAUUGGAAUAGUUAAGCAAAUGGAGGUCUUUUCUAUUAACAUCACUGUUAUUACUUGAUGUGGUGAUGUUGGAAAGUAAAGACAUCAAAGAAGAUUUAGAUUACAUCAACCUAAAUAUUUCCACAUUUAAAUUUUGAUUUGUAGGGAAGGAUUUAUUGGUUCUGGUGAGGUGAGUUUCCCAGUUAUUCUUUCUGAAGUACCAUAUUUACUCAUGUAUAAGUCGACCUUUUUUGACUAAAAAAAUCACCCUCAACUUAAACAUGAGUUAUACACAAAGACCUGACCCAAGCAAUCUAAAAAAUUAGCAUAGCAAUUGCCUGAAGUCGGUCAGGAAAACCAAGUUUACAAAACCAGUUCUAAUUGUGUUUGAGUUUCAUCAGGGCAUUCGUUUUCUUCAGCACAUUCUUCGUCAGCAAAAAAGUUUGGAAUAAUAAAUUUUAAGUGGCUUAAAGACAAACCUACUGGAGCUGACUUCUGUUGUGUCUUCUGAUCUGUAGAAUGGACUUUUUGUCUUACAGCUUUGCUGCUGUUUAUAGUGUUGAACUUUCAUUUUCAUUGAAUGAUUACAGUAGUUUAGUGACCUGUCAAAUGCUAUUUUUUCGCAUGGUCUUAUUACACAAGGUUACAUUUUACCCCGCAGUUUUUUUAAUUCACCUUGUUUUCAAUUAAUUCUCAGAUAUAAGAGAUUAACUGUUUGGAAAAUUUCUAUCCCUCUGAAUUUUACUUCUUUAACUAGAAAUGAUAAAAAAUCUGAUCUUUGACCUUGAAAAUGGGGGGUUGACUUUUAUGCAAGUUCAGCUUAUACCGAGUUAAUAUGGUAGUCACUAAUUAAUCAUCUGGGCAUUAGAGUAGGGAUCAUACUUGUUUUUUGUUGUGAACAGUAUGACAUCUUUUUAACAAAUCAUUUAGGAGUUGGCAAGGUGGUUGAUUUAAAAUGUACCAUUCAAAUGAGAGCUUUGGCCUUUGACUGUUGAUUUACACUAUUAGUAAAUCAGUAAGGGAUAUCAUGUUAUUUUGUGUAACAUUUGUAUCUGCCUGACAUGAGAGAGUUAUUGCACCACAGUCCUACCCAUAGUAAGGGUACAUGUAGCUCAGGUUGAUCAGGAUCUUAAUGAUGUAAAUUUCAUCUGUGUGCAUCUUAAAAUAGUAAUACUUUCCACUAAAAAAACUUUUCUAAUUCAAAUUUUAAAAUUGUUUAAGAUGAAUUUUUUUACAAUGGGGUUUAACUCUCAGAUGCUCUUAAUCUUCAUGUUGGUAUAUAUGUUAUGAGAUAGAAGUUUUAACUUUAACAGAUCACUGAUUGUGUUUUGUGUUUUUUGAUUUGGUUUCUCAGGAGGGAAUGUUAAAGAUCAAAAGGUUAGCAUUAUAAGGAUUCUUACUAAUUUGCUUUAUCAAAAUGAAUCAAGAUUUAUUUUGAAAUCAUGAAGUGGCGUUAUUUGAAAUUAUUAUCUAUCUCUUUCAUUGCUAAUGUUGGUGUCUGCUUUAUUUUGCUUUUUUUUAGCAGUACAAGUGAGCUGUUUCUUGAUAAACCACACCUCCCAAAGGUUGGAAGAUCAGAGAGUAUGAAAACACCUGUGAGUAUUUUAACCCCAAAAAUGAACAUUGAUGUGUAAAGUAAUCUUUUGACAUUAUUUUUACAAGUGAAAUAUUAAAAGAGCUGGUAUUUUAUUCAGUGUAGAUCUCUUUCCGAAUGGCAUGGGUUUGAUAGUUGUACAUGAACUUUUACUUGCAUGAACCUCAUUGGCCUCUUUCUAGUGAAAAUUCUAUUGAUAUGCUGCUUUUCCUCUGUGAAUUAUCAGGUGAUGUUUUAAAUACUUCAAAACUUAUUGCUUCAGACGUCCUGUAAGUGGGUAGAGUAACAAGAAGGAUGUUGAGAACCAAAAAAUAUCACUGUCCAAAAACAAAUAUAUAUAUACAUUAGUGAAAGAAUCAAUGAAACCAUUUUGAUUUUAUUUUUUAUUUAGGCCAUGAUAUCUAUGUUUGGAAAUUUUGUAAAUCACUGGCCUAUGGCUCAUGAUUUACAAACUUUUUGUAUGUUCUCUCAGCAUCGCAUGUCAGUUUUUACAUUGGUAAACUGAUGUAAAGUGUGGUCUAUUGCAGCUGAAAAAGCAACAUUUUGUUGAUUGUUAAGGUUUUUGCAUUUGCAAGGUAUAUGUCUUGUAGUUUCCACCAAGCAAGUGUUUGAAGCUACACUUGAACAUAUGAAAUUAUGGUAUUUGUAACAUAUUAUUUCCUUGAUGUUUAGAGAGAAUUCAGUAACAAGAUAAUGAAUAUGAGGAUAAGAAAAUCUGUGGCAGGACCUGUGGAUUCUGUGUAAGUGGUCUGCAUGUGUAAACUCAGAUAGACUUAAAUACCCGUUUCAGUUGUUUAAGUAUGUAGCAACGGCAAAAAAUAUUAACCUCUCACUAACUGAAUAUGAAGUCGCACCCUCCAAUAUUGGCCCGAGGUUGUGGUAGUACUGACCAACUGCUACAAGGUCCAUACAAAAACGAACAAGGGCUAAUAUUCCUCAGUACAGGGCAAGGAAAGCUUGGUUAGUAAGUAGUUUAUUACAUGGCACUUGGACUAAAUGUGUUUAUUUUGAAUUUUCACAAUAUCCUUAACUUACGAUUGUUUCUGUGGAAACAGUCUGUAUGGCAAAAUAUGGACCAUAAUGCUAAGAUUUACCUCAGGAGUAUCUUUCCAUAAUAAUUGUAAAUAUUUCUUUUUUUUUGUAGAGGAUAGAAAAAAGUUAAUUUCUGCCCUGUAAUCUUCUCAUAACCAGCAUGGCUCUAAAAUUAAGAAAGACAAUUGUGUGGCAAACAAGAUGUGUGCUUUGUUUCCUUGUACAAUACCCAGUGAUACUUACAAUUUUUUUCCUCCCUUAAAUUCUGUAUUAGGAAUGAUUAUCGGUAAGUGCUUCAAAUGUUUUUUUUUUAAUUUGCAUGAACAGUGCAGCUGUUAUUUUUCUUUGUUGUGGCUGUUUUGAAAAGCAUGGUAUCAACGUAACAAAUUGUAUGAAAUCUCUCUUGAUUUGGCUCUUGUUUGAUUUUUCAGUGGUGUGGAUCCUCCCACAAUGGAUGUACUUUCUGAAGAUGGUAUGUUUUGUGGUAUAGCUAUAGGGUUAAAAAAGAGGGAAGUGUUGUGAGCCAUGCACCAACAGUUGCCUUUCUAGAUUUGAGAAUUCUUGAAAGACCUGGCCCUUCCUUUUGUUACACUUUGCAAACAUUUCAUCAUUCAGCCAGGCAGUUCACCAAGUCAUCAACACCUUUCAUGCUGAAGGUUGUUUUGUGCAUGUUUAACUCGUGACACUGUCCUUUCUCUAACCACUUCCUUUAUGUUGAGUGUUGAAUCGCAAUGCAAACUUAUUUUACAUAUUGAUAAUUUUUUUAUAUUACAUGCAUUUGCUAUAGGUUUGUGGAAUACAACCUUUUCAGCAAUUUGUUAUUUCUGGCCCCUUUUAUUUUCUGCAUUUUUAAUGCUUUCUUACUAAAUAUUUAUCUGUUACAGACAGUAAAAUUAUAUAAGGUGGAUGAAAUUAAUAGAUGAUUGGGAAAAAUGCAUUUUGGUGCAUGAGGACAUGAAAAUAACAAAAUGCUGAAAAGAUGAAGGGUGUAUGACUCUAAAUGAAACUGUUAACCUUUACUGGUAUUACACAUUUAAACUGUGUCAUUUUGUCUUUUCAUUCAUUUGACUUUCAUUUGACUUUUAUUUGACUUUCAUUUGACUUUCAUUUGACUUUCAUUUGACUUUCAUUUGACUUUUAUUUGACUUUUAUUUGACUUUCAUUUGACUUUCAUAAAUGUUUCCAUAAAAUUAUUCAUCUCAAGCCUUCACUUUCACAUGACCACAAUGAAACUACACCAAUAAUAAUUUCUUAAUAACUUUAACAGUAAUCAUAGUAUUAGUUUUGUCUGAAAAACAGCUGCUAAUUGAAUUAUGGCUCUGUAAUGAUAAUAUAUGAAAGCAUUUAACUAUUAGGGUCAGUAAUUUUAGAUUUAAUGCAAUGGUUAGUUUGAAAACAGAAAUCUUUAUGGAGGUUAAAGCGAAAAUGGUUCAUGAUUGAGUUUGAGUUCUCGUGGAAUUUGAUACAAUUGUCUCAGGGAAGAACCUCAGAGCCUGUCAAGUAUCCAACAAACCUCUUUUAUGUGGCAAAUUCUACUUAAUAUCAACUGAACUGUCAAACAGCACACUUUAAAAAAUGCUUUUUCUUUAGGAGCAUAAGUACCAGCCUUGAACUUGCAUGGCACCUUUAUAUGAUGAUAGGAUUCUUUAUGUUGCAAGGCUGUGUCUCGUCAAAAGUUUGUCAUCUAGAGCUUGAUUUUGUAGAGGAAAAAAGUGUCAUAUUAGCUAGUCAAAAAAUACAGGUUUUUUCGAGUGAUUUCUGGUUCACCAAAACACUGGCCAUUUUAAUGGUUAAUCCAUUUGAUUUUCUAAUGUUGGCGAAAGCAAAGUAACAGUUCUGCUGUUAGAUAGUUGUAAUAUACCAUCAACCGACUAUGUGAUGGGCGUCAUAACCUGUGUGCUGUUACCUGCUUAACUAAUUAGGAGGUGUUAAGUUGUCUCGACUAGGGCAGCACAUUCACUGCAUUCAGGCCACUGUACAUACAUUUGUUUUACAUACAACAUCAUACACAUGAAAAAUGUUGAUAUGAUUGCAGCAUUUCCUAGCAGCACUGUUUAGCACUCUGUGAUCUUUUUAAUGUGACUGCGUAUAAAUUUCAAGGUGAGUUUUUUAAAAAGUGUUCAUAUGAAAGACAGGAAGAGUUGAAAAGAAAGCAAGUUGGGUCCUUCAGAGGAAGAAUCGUACUUUUUGUUGUGCAUUGACCUUUAAACCUGUGGUUAAGGAGACGAUGUCAAGGAAGCUUUUAUAAGUUCCUAUGUAUACCGAAAUUUCAUGUUUUUUCUCUUAGAAGUUUUUUUCGUGUAGAAUAGGCAUCUGAUAAAGUUGUUUUCAGGACAAGUUAAAUAAUUUCUUAAGAAACUUAAACGACAAUUUUCUUGGUAAGUUAAACAUAAUUUUGAUAUCUUUACCUAAAAUACAUGAUAAAAAGUUUUUCAUUUAAAACUGCUAUUUUGUUGGUAACGCUAAGUAAACUUAAACGAAGUUAUUAGCAUAUGAUUUCCGUCAUCACCCUUUGUUUGUACUUCCACAUCUAAUCUGUGUUAUUUGCUCUCAGGGAGACGUGCCCGCUCACGGUCUCCUUCUUUUCUGCCCCCAGAAGAAGAACCGGUAAGUUAUGAUCCCUAUUAUGAACUUUCAUUCUCUUUUACAUCGUUAUUUAUAGUGGAGCUCGCGUAGCCCCAUAAUUAUAUAAAAUAGUAGUAACCCAUCAAGCCGAAAAAAUUUGGAUGUACGUCCGUGCGACCGUACAAGGUGCUACUUUUACCAUGCGUGGUCAACUGUACCGCGGGCACGCCAACGCCACGGCUUUGUCGAGUAGUCCAGUGGUCAGUGUACUGGGCUCCGAUUCGGACGACCAGGGUUCUAGUCCGGCCGGGGCAAGGCGUUGUGCCCUUGAGGCGUGCGGGAAAAAAAAAUGCAAGCUCCGCUUUUAGACUUGGCUAAAUCUAUAUAUUAAUGGUUUCCGUUUGUGGAGAGGUGCGCCCCAUGGCACCUUUGCUAGUUCGCCCUUAACGUAAAACAAAUUCACCCACACCUUUACUAGUUCGCCCCCAAACCUUUCUUAGGAAGCUUAGUUCUUCUGAAAUUUAUAUGAGGAAAAUUUUAUGGGGAGAUUCGAAAUGUUUUACUUGGUAAUAAGUGUAAUGUCUAUCAUUUUAAGAUUGGACGGGGUUUUAAUUGUUUGAUAUUUAUGCUUCAAACGUUAGGCAGCAAUGGGGUAUGUACAUACACGUUCUGCCAUUGUAACAUCUCUCUUGUUUUACAAAAUGAUUAAAAAUUUAGAGAUUACGAAAACAAAGAAGGUGUGUUGUCCUAAGAAAAAUUUGCUAAGGGGAGUUGUUCUUGGAGAGUUUUACAUACUAUUGGAUAAAAUUUUAACCAGUUGGUUGAGAGCAUGAAAAGCCAUUGCAAGAUUACUUUUAGAGAGAAGUCUGACCACAUUUCUCUGAGCAGACAUUUAAUGACAGUAAAAUGAUAUUCAUAAUGUAGCUGUGGUGCAGUGCUUUCCAACUGAUACGAUUCAUCCGCUGAUCAAUGGUUUAUUUGAUGUAGGACCCAGACAUGGAAGUAGAUGCCCAACCAACACCAUGGCAACAAGUUAUAGAUAAGAAGGUACUUAACCUGUUCUUAAGGAAACGUCCAUGGCAGGAACCAAUGGUCUUAAAAUGGGAAAUAAGUUAUUAGAGUGAGAAGCUAUCGAAAGAGAUUUUACUUGUUUUUGAAUGUGGAUUUUUUUGCGCGCCGUCAUGUUUCAAAGUUGGACGCUUUAUUGUUGCCUCUACUGUCUGCAUGAAAAAAGGCCUACCGUAUUACGGCAUUCGAUCCAAUAUGGCGCCUACCGGGAAAUUCAAACGCCAAUAUUGUUUGCAUUUGUUUCUAGUUUUAUACAUUUUAGUUCUUAUUUCAUUAAUUUCUUCCGAAUCUUGAUAAACGGACAACAAACUGAGCAUUUCCAUCAGUUUGAUGGCAACUUGAUCCUCUGGUGAAGGCUUCCUUUAAUUGAGACAAAUCAAGUAGUCCUUCCUGCACCUGCAGGUAUUGUAUUAAUGUAUACAUCAUUCCCCUAAGUCAUUUAUGGAGAGAUUUCUGUACAAGUUUUUAAGUUGACAGGCAGUUGUCUGUUUUCUUCCCGUAUGGGUCGAGUAUUUUAAGUGAGAUGAGAUUAAGGUGAUGAGAAAUAUGAAUAGGACAGGAUGUGUCGUGCAAUUUCGUCUGAGAACUGGAAGGAAAAAGAGAAGACAUAAAGUUAUCUAGUUACGUACCGAAUUGCGUUAAAUGGUAGUGGACGUUGUCCCUCUUUUUUUUUUUCCUUCCUUCAAUAGUUUCUGAGGAAGUUAAAGGGAAAAGAAAUAAAGCGACAAGAAUUCAUUCAUGGUAAUUAUUAACUUAAAACAUAUUCUUUCAAUUUUGCAACAUAAGCGAGAAGUUGGAACAUGUGGCAAGCCGCAGAAGCUUUGAACUGCUAACUGUUUUACUAUUUAUCUGAAUGCACAUGUAGUUCAUACUCGUACAAACUGUGAAUUACAGUAAUGGCCACAAGGAAAAUUGUCUGAUGUCAUAAAGAUGGAAAAAGACUAGAUUUAAGUUAACUUGUUACUUUUUAUAACUGUUUCCUUCCUCCCUACCAGAGCUUAUCUACACUGAAAGAACUCACGUUAGAAAUUUAAAAGUCCUUAGCAAGGUGAGAGAAGCGUAAUUGCAUGUGAUGUAAACUGUCUCCAAAGUUCCUCUCCAGUAUUUAACAUCCCUUUCCCAGGCUCUAUCUUCUCUCCACGUCUUAACCCUUGAGGUGGGGGUAAGGGAGAGCCUGGGAAGGAGGUGCAGAAUUAAGUGACGAGUUUCCCCAAAGUAGAUGAUUUUACAUUGAAAUGUGUUGUUUGUUUUCAGGUUUUCUACAAACCCAUGAUAAAAAUGAAUAUUAUGCCUUAUACGCAAAUCCACCAACUUUUUCCGAACUUGGAUGCUUUGAUUCAACUUCAUGGUAAGGAAGCAAAAAGUUUCUUUUAAGUUUUGUUUCACGAGAAUCCUUCCCCCAAACAAUCAAAUGCGCAGUAUUCACUUCAAUAAGCUGAGUUGAUGCAAUACCACCUUCAUCUCAAGUGCACGUGUAACUGUUAUCAGUGAAGUUUGUUACAAUCCAUACUUCUUAUUGAUUCAGUAAGGUGAUGCAUUUGAGGUGUCUGUCUUGAGAUAUUUUGAAUUAAAACUAGAUUAGAUGAGUACUCAGGUUUUGUUGUUGAAGUGCAACAUUCUUGCAGAAGUUCAAGGCGGAUGAGUAUAAAAAAUAUAAUUGUGUUGUCUUUUGUGUUUCCUUGUAGUGUCAUUAAUGCAGAGCAUGAUGGCCAGACAAGAAGAAUCUGACGAAGUUAUUACUUGUAUUGGAGACGUUAUGCUCGAUAGGGUAAGGCCCACAAAGUGUACGUUCUUUGGUACAGAUUGUUGUUUAGUUCCUCGUUUUGUUUUUGUUGUUGUUAUUGUGAUGCAAGAAGGUCAAGGCUUGUAGCGUGAAGUUUCCCUGUUAUGGAGUAAUUUUGUUUUUGUUAUUGUUGUUGUAGUUGUAAUUCUCAAAAGGGAAUUUCUUGUAGUGUGGACGUUCCUUGCUAUGGAUUUGAUUAGUACUGUUCUUGAUUUAUUUACUCUUCUCAUCAUGUAGUCAUUUUGGGAGGCAUUGUUGUCCACUACAUCUUUCGUAAAUCUAGCUUGUGAAAUGGUUUUUUUAAUCUUGGAUUUUCUUCUCUCUCCAGUUCGACGGAGAACCUGGUGAGCAAGCAAAAGAGGCUUGUGCACAAUUUUGUAACCAUCAGAAAUUUGCUUUAGAGCAGCUCAAGGUUAGUGGAUCAAGUCCAAGUUUUACGUGUUGAAGAACCAUCUUAACUUCACUGUGAUGAAACGCGGGGUAGAGAUGAAAGAUAUCCUAAUACAUUGGCCUCCGAAUCUACUCACUUGUACAUAUUCUAGAGACACAUCAAAAGUUUGUUAAUCAUGGAGGAGAUUGUUGCAAACUAAGCACUGAACUGUAAAGCAAUACUGAAGACACUGUACCGUACGAUUUCCUUUUUUCACCCGUUUGAGGUCCUGUACACAUGAUUUUACAUCAGCGAUGCUAGCAAUCCAAGCUUUGAGCUGGGAAAGGACUGCACUUAGAAUGGUUCUGCUUUUUCUUGGAAGUUACCUACAGAUGUGCAGCAAUGAAAAAGGUGUAAUUUUUAUAUCAGAACCUACGUUAAUUUAAGGUAUUCACAAUUCGAUGAUUCUCUUUAUUUCAGCAUCGACAGAGAAAAGAUUUAAAACUGCAACAGUUUAUAGUGGUAUGUGCAUUUCAUAUUUGUACUUUGAAAAUAUGAUUCAACCACCACCUUCGUAGUUAAGUUCCAUAUGUAAUGAAACAGCGAAACUAAGUUUAUAGAUAUGUUCUGAGUUUAUAGCACUGUACUGAGGUUAUCUUGAUUUUCUGAGUUUAUUAUGUAAUAAGUUUAUGGUGAUAUUUUGCCUUUCCUGUUUUCAUACAGAAUUGUGAAAAUGAUCCUCUCUGUCGGAGGUUAAGACUGCAAGAUAUUAUUUCAAACAGCUAUCAGCGAUUGACGAAAUACCCGAUGUUGUUGGAAGGCAUACAGAAAAAUACUCCAAGUACGUGUCACUGUAGCGACUACUGUAGUCACUCCGAAAUCUGUUUCAAGUAUGGUUGCUACAGACAAAAAAUUGUUUAUGUCGCAGCCAAAUAUUAUUCCUCGCCUACCUUAUCAUACUUAAAAUUUAUAGUCGAUCAAACAGGGAUUUGAUCAUAUCUCCCAUGACUUCAAGAAACUGUUAGAGAUCGUAACAUCAAAUAGCUGACCACCAUUUUGGGUAAACCCAAAGUGCAUUGUUUUAAACUUUGACAUUUUCUACAGAUGAAGAACUAUAUUUUGAUUUCACUGCUUUGCUGCUCUAGCCCUUUACACGGUUGGAACCAAAGAUUAGAUGAAGUCUUUAAUAAGCUUUUGUUUUUACGUAGGUUCACAUGAAGAUGGUAGAAGUAUCGAGAGAGCAAUACAGUGUACCAAGGUAAGAGAUGUUAGUUAAGAUUUUGACAUUUUGGAGUUGUACGAGCUCCACUUUGAAGUUAUAUCUCCCAGCAAAUCUUUGAAUUUUUGGUAAAUCUUACCCGGAAUUGACGUUGAGUUAAGACUUCAAUUCCAAAGACCAUCCAGUGAGAAAAGUUAAAUUAUGGAGGUAACCACUUUAUGCCACGAGUAUCGCUUGACGUAGAGCUGGUGAUUUUCCACUCGAGGGAAGUCUUAGAAGCCUCAGUAAGCAGUUGAAUACUUAAUUGAUUGACAACAUUGAUAAACGUAGGAUGCAUAUUCUAUUGUUGCACGGCGCUUCAUUUCGGUUUUUUUUUUUUGUUACAGAACUUGCUGGCUUACGUAAACCAAAGUGUUAAGGAAUGUGAAGAUCAACAAGUAAGAUGGCCAAUCUCUCCAUCUGUCUUUUGUCGUAAAUGUAGAUUACUCAAAUGUGGUAAUUAACCGGCAUUAGGAGGCAUUUGGCAUAGAAUGAAAUCAUAUUUUCGCCAGUCUUACUCUCCAGUCAGCAAUUGGGGAUGUAUUUUGCAGUUUUUACGUUAGGUGCUGUGCAGAUAUCUGAAGUCUGAAACCAUGGAGCUUGUAAAUGCUUACUUCUUAUCAGUGGCUCAUACACAAUGUACUGUAGUAUGUGUAAGUUUAUUUCAUGCACUGGAAUGCAGUCAAUAGCAAAAAAAAGGACGGGAAAUAUAAAAAAAAGUAAAUAAAUUUAAAAAAAAAAAGCAACCUACGAUAUCUGAAAUGGCCACCGACCAGCUCAAGCAUGUAAUUUGAUGACAACAGAUACGAUUGACGUUUCCGGUUUUUUCUCAUGCAGAGACUGGCAGACUUUCAGAGGAAAAUCGACAGGAGGCCUCUAGAGAACACCAAUAACAAACUUAUGGAGGAGUUUAAGGUGUGGAUAAAUCAAUGAAUGACAUUUUGUUUUUACUGAAAAACCGAUGGUCUAUAGGUUUUAUCAAGCCAUAGCUGUUACUUUGUAACAAUCUAAGGUAUCCACGGAAAUUGAUAGGAAUUAGUGAAAUAGAACCUCCAAAACUUUUAGUUUCAUUUUCUAUCAAUAACGUAACUUGAUGUACGGUUUACUUCAACUAGUUGUCGUAUUUAUUUGUUUAUAUAUUUAUUUAUAUAUUAUAUAUUUCCUUUGAAUUUUUCGCCCCUUGAUGUUUAGAACCUGGACCUCACCCAAAAGAAGUUGGUUUAUGAUGGUCCACUUACGUGGAGAAUAAACAGAACCAAGUGUGUUGGUUAGUUGAUAUGAUUAUAAGUGAUUUUGAAAUAACUUGUCUGCACUGUUUUUUUGUAAUCGUUAUAACGAUGAGGUUUGUUUAGCAACAUCUUUCUGUGUAUGGUUUUUAAAUCUGUUUUAUAUAUAAGGUAUAGCAAACAGAAAUAAUUUGGAACAAGUGGGCAUCUAAUCAUCUCUUGUUUCAGACUACUUUGUAGUGCUUACGUUGGGUUUUAAUUUUUUCUCUCAUCAGAUCUUCAUGUACUGUUGCUAGAAGACUUGCUUAUUCUCCUUCAAAAGCAGGAUGAGAAGCUUGUUCUCAAAUGUCUUAGUUCGACCUUCCAGGCAGGAUAUCUAAAUGAAAAGGUAACGUCUUGUAAGACCUUUUCACAGUUUUUCUUGUAUUCCGAAUUUUAGACAUCAUACGUUCUUUGUUUGUUUACUCUAUAGACCACGCACAGUCCUAUCAUCAAACUGAGCAGCGUGCUUACAAGAAAUGUGGCAACUGGUAGGUUUCUUAUUUCACAUAAACCGCACAGAACAGAGGAGUCUUAUUAUAUGACUGCAUUUUUCAUUCAUUUCUCUGCACCUUUACAACGUGAUUUGCUCAGGGCUACUGACCGAUAAUAAAAGCGACCGCAAAUGCGUCUGUUUGAAUCCAACGUAAAAGUCAAAAACCAAGUAGAUUACUGGUUGGUUGCCAACUCAUUAAGUUGUCGGCACCUCGUGCCUCGACUUUGCCUUGUGCGGAAACGUUCGCUUGCCUGUCGUAGAUUUCAACAGACCCGUUGCGCGACAGCAGCUGUUGCUGGUCAGUCAACCGAAUUGAAUCAUGUUGCUAUUGUUGGGUGAAUUCAGUUUGGAAUAGAGUGAAUUGCCCUGCUCCCUGUGCAACUACCGAUAUAUUGUCUCCUGGUUAGACUUUCCAAUUCGUAAACCAGUUUCAGUGCUUUCUAGUGCAGACCCAUUUUGGUAGUUUGGUGUUUCCGUGAAUCAGACUGAUCGGGCAAAUGUAGUCUUGUGGUUGAAAGUGGUGUCCGGUCACUAACCAAGCGUUAGUUUUGCUUUUUAGUAAUUUAUAUCAUAAUAUGAGAUAGGAGUUCUAUCUUUAUGAUUGUCUUUAUCCCACUACCGUCAGAUAAGAGAGCUUUCUUUCUUGUGAGUACGUCUUCAUCAGUUGGACCACAGAUUUACGAACUGGUGACAGCAACUGUAACAGACAGGAAAAAGUAAGUAAUCGCUGUUAUGUUACUCUAUUGUAUUACUAAUUGCUAUAAUUUAGCUUAACUGUAAAUCUAAGCGGUGUAUGAAGAAAACGUGUAUAUUUAAGCCAUAACGAAACAAACCAUAAAAUGCGAAGGCAAGUAAGAAACAGAUGUAAUAAGCCCCCUCUUAAAAAAAAAUCAUCUCGAAAAGAAAAGCAAUCAUCAUUUGCCUAGGUAUCCACCUAAAUGACAGAAUUAUGCACUCGAUAAACUGAACACCCUGUUUACCGUUAUGAUUCGAUCAAGCGCCCUCCCUUGAAGAAGCCCCCCCUCUCUAAUAAACCCUUCCUCUCUAAUAAGCCUUCCCCUCUUUAAUAAGCCCUCCUUCUCUAAUAAGCGCCCCUACUCUAAUAAGCCACCCUCUCUCUAAUAAGCCCCUCUCUAAUGAGCCUCCUUUCUCUAAUAAGCCCCCUCUCCAAUAAGCCCCCUCUCUAAUAAGCCCCCUUUCUCUAAUAAGCCCCUCUCUAAUAAGCGACCCCUCUCUAAUAAGCACUUCUUCUCUCAUAAGCCCCCCUUAUCUAAUAAGUGCCCCCCUCUCUUAUAAGCCCCCCCCUCCCUAAUAGGCGCUUCUUCUCCAAUAAGCCACCCUCUCUAAUGAGCCCCCUCUCUACUAAACGUAACCUCUCUAAUAAGCCCCCCCUCUCUCUAAUAAGUGCCCUUUCUCUAACAAUCCCUUCUUUAAUAUGCCCCCUCUCUACUAAACGUACCCUCUCUAACAAGGGGGCCCCCCCUAUCUAAUAAGCACUUCCUCUCUAAUAAGCCUCCCUCUCUAAUUAGUGCCCCCUCUCUUGUAAGCGUCCCUUCUCUAAUAAGCACCCCCUCUCUAAUAAGCACCCCCUUCUCUGGUGAGUGCCCCCUCUCUAGUAAACCCUCCUCUCUAAUAAGCCUCCCUUCUCUAAUAAGCGCCCUUUCUCUAAUAAGUGCCCCCUCUCUAAUAGGCACCUCCUUCUCUAAUAAGUGCCCCUUCUUUAAUAGGCGCCCCCUCUCUAAUAAGUGCCCCCACGGUGUUUGCUAACAAGUGUCCCCAUUGACUUAGCACUCUGAUUCCAAUAAGCGCCCUUAUUCUGUUUCUCUGAUAGAACUGGUAGAAUGCAUGUACUAUGUGGUUAAUGUGGUUCAUCUUCCUUUAAUAUCUCACUUAAAGCCUUAUUAUAAAAACAGUUGUCUACGUCUCAGUCUCUCGACUAUAAUGUCUAAGUGAGUACACAGUUCCUUCAAAUGAAUGAUGUCCAAAAUUUUGCGAUUGCUGGGUUUAUGGUUCUAGCAAGGAAGGAUCUAGGGCGGGAUAACAAGUCCGUUUUCAAAGAAACAUCAGAGCUUUGUUUCGCACAUUCUGCUGUUCUCAAAAAAGAUAUAAACGCCUUGUCCUUAAUAAGCGCCCUCCCUUGAGGCCCCUGGGCGCUACAUCGAAUCAUUACGGUAGUUACAUGUAGAAUUUUGAACUUGCCCUCUCAGGAGCCCUUUUAUCGAUGUAGUCAAAAAGCAGCUAACAGGAAAAUUGUGCUUUCUUUCCACAGUUGGUAUAAGUACAUAACCGAUGCUGUGGAGGCAUUCAAAAUAAAAGGUUUGCUUCAUUUAUUUAUGUUAAACCAUUUGUAUAGGACUCUUAUUCUUCAAUUGGAAAGGGGACUUACAAAGUUACCCGUAUUAGAAAAUUAAAAAAAAUAAGAGGAAAGUCAUACUGGAUAAAAAGUGCAUGAUGAAGUAGAAUUGACAUUACCUUUAAAAUUAUGGAAAAGGAUAAGAAUUUGAGAUUCUCUCUCCAUCGCAAAUUGUAUGAAUAAGGGAAACUGAAAGUAUAUCCUCGCGCAAUUGUCGGGCGGGUAACAGUGGCCCCAAAAAAAACACAUCUGUGAUGGUAGGUAUCUUAAUUUAUCUUGUGUAGAACGAGGUCGUCGCAAUGCAGUAUCAGUUGAAGGUGUUCGACAACCUGUAUCGGAAUUAGAUCUCACAGAGCUGCCCAGCAGACGAGUGAACAACCAAGCAAAGGAAGAACCUGCCAAGGAACAGAAGCCGAGGGAGGAAGAUGUUAAAGCAGAAGAGGAGGACAUAGAGAAAGAAACUGAUGCAGAUGAUGAUUUUUCUGAUCCAGGAGAUGAUGAUGAGGAAGAUCGCACUCAGAAUCAGGACGAAGAUGAUGAUGAAGAUGAAGAAACGGAAAGUGAGGCACCAGUCACUCAGGAGGAAGUAGCUGUUCCUAAAAUUAAUGAACCUACUGGUCGCCAAGAAUCGCAACUCGAGUCUGAAUCUGAACCGGAUUCAGAACCGGAAACAGAGACCGAAGUUUCAGAGAAGGAUGUUAAAGAACAGGUGCAAGUACAGAGCGAAUCACCAGUUAAGAUUCAAAUGGCUACAGUUGAGUCCAGUCCUCCGAGCGAUUCAGAAACUGAUGUAAGCAUUUCUAUGAAUUUAUGGAUCAUAGCUAACGAGAGUGAUAUUUGAGUUCUCAGGUAGAGCUCCUUGAAUACAAGAGAGAAAAGGUCUCACCACUGACCCGGUUUUUCUUCAAACCACCGCAGUUUUAAUGCUCCAAAUUUCAAAUUUAAGCUGAUAGGGUGUUACUGGCGCUGCUUAAUAGCGUUAUUUAAAUUGCUGUAGCUAUGUCAUCGCAGAGCAAUAUUUAUAAUGCUCUAUUUUGUAUAGUGUUUUGACGUUUCCCUCUGAGCCCAACGAUGAAAGUUUGAAAAUGUCGAGAACACAGUCGUGAUGUUAUAAUCUGUUGCAGGUUCUUUCAGCUGAGGACGGUGAAGCGGCGGGAUCUUCACUUUUCAACAGGGCGGCUGUGGCAGAUCUGACGAAUGAAGAGAGUGUGGAUGAAAGAUCUUUACUGGAAAGGAAACGAAACAGUGUGACUUCUGAAUCAUCCUCCAGCUCAUCCAACGACACGCUGAAGAUAAGAAGAAGCUAUGUGCACAUAUCUGCUGAUGAACAAGAUGAGUCUGUUGGUGGGCAUCCUUCCCGUUCAUCUGCUGUGCUUUUAGGUGUGUAGAUUAACGGUUACGGUGGAGAAGGAAAUAAGAACAUUACAAUUGUACAGUGUGUUAUAGGUCUCCUCUGUCCACUUCUUUUUCACAAAUAAAGCAACUAUUCCAGCUGCGUUUAUCCCGGAAUCUUUUUCGUACUUUACUGUAAGUUUAAUUUAGCUGAGUUAUUGUUCGCUUCAUACAAGGAAUUUCAGGGAUCUUAGCUAAGUAUGUAAUCGUUGACAUAUCGGAAAUCGGUUGUGAUCAUCAACAGCUCAGCUGUAACCUUUGCGUUCUUGUUGCACUGAAUGUACCAUUAAACUGUUUACGAGUUAUUUAAAUUUUUUUUCGGUAAAGCGAACUUUUUAGUUACAUUAGAUUCAGGACUAAGUUUGAAUCGCCCUCGAUGGCGAUGCCACCUCUAUAGAGAGACAGUUUGGCCACAACAGGAUGAAAACACAGGUUUAUGGAUAAUGUCUUGAUAAUGUCUUGGACCAUCAUGAAGUGUUCGUUUUAAAGGAUUGACCACUUUUGCGGUUGAUACGUGAAGAAAAUUUGCUUUCAUGGAAAUAUAGUUACGAUUUGUUUCGUUUUGCUUUCUUACAGAGUUACUGAGGUCAAAAGACAACGAUCUUCGCAAGAUUCUAGAGGAAAAAUCAAGACUUGUCGCUGAGCUCAGGGUAACAGUUUUGUUAGUCUAUGGAGCUAAUUAGUGAAAGAAAUAGAAUCGCCUUAAAGACAGAGUGGCCUUUGUUUAUGCGGAAGGUAGUUAUACUCUAUACACCCUAACAUCAGUAAGCAUACUCUGCAUACUGUUCUCUAUACAUUUCCUGGGGUGCUAACAAGGAGAAUUUGUUAAACAACCAAGAGCUUGUUUAGUUGAUGAUCAUAACUUAAUUUGUGAUUCGGUGGAGUUAGAUGCUAGUCACUUACAUGUGUAUUGUGAUUUUAUUUGUAGGGGGCAAACAUGACGAUGGGAUCGGCCACGAAUGAGGUAAGCCUCCUCUUUUCCUUAGCUCGGAUCUUAAGUCGAAAUGAAGGUGGAAAUAGGCUACAAAAGGAUCUGAGCCGACUGCAGGUUGCUGUAACUUUAAAUUUACCUUAAUAGAUUGAACUGUCUCCAAAUGUUUUGUCUUGUAGUGCUGUGGUUGAUUUUUUUUAGUGGUGACGCACAGAUCACUCGACGAAGGCCUUAAAAAGAACUACUGGUGACUUGUUUCUUGUUGUGUUGCUUUUUUUAAAAUUAUGAAUUGUGUCUGUUUUUUCCAGAGCCACGUGAAUGGAGAUUCAGUGGAGGCUAGGUACACAGUUCUGCUACAUUUACGUGAUACUAACUUAAAUCUGACUUUGCAUGUACUAAUUUUCACGUAGCCCUAUUGCAAGUUCGCGGCAAGGCGACAAACCAUUAGUACACUGAGUCAUCUGUUAACCACACUACCAUCUUUGGAAUUUUUUCUGUUGGUUCCCUUUCAUUUCUUGUUCGGAUCUUUUUCUUGUAAUGAUGUAACGUAACUCGUUACCUUGUACAGUUACUGUAGGUUUCAUUGAUAAUCAAUGCUUCGUUCUUCUUGCAGGGAUUUAAUUUUAGCGGCAAUUCUUCAGGGUGAGUUUCAAAUGUGUCAUGUUUCCGAACUGUUUGCUUGUGUGGAAAGGAAUUGACGAACCAGCAUGUUGAUCUUUUAACUCAGGCUCUUUGACUGUUGUUGUUUGUUCUUUUGGCUUACCAAUGUUCGGUGUUCAAGCUCAAAAUUUCCAUGUUGUCAAUGGUUAGAGACGCUUUCCCGAUGAAAUAAAACAAAUGCGAGCCGUUUGUUAUGUAUUCGCUCUUGUGAGCUGUGUGGUGUGGCACUCAAGCUCAAAGUCGAAAUAUUUGCGAGUUCUAAUUCUUUGUUCAAGUUAUGUUAACUCAUUGGUAUUAAUCUUGAACUUCACCUAACUGUUUCGUUAUAACUGAAAAAAAAGACCUUGUGCUUGAACGCAUUUUAACGCACUGUAUUUAAGAAUUUGAACUACGACUGAGGUGGUCUAUUGUUGCAACGGACUUUGUUCGCCUUAUUAUCAUGGAGGUAAUUACUUUGCUUUUCGUUACAGCGAAUCGUUUGACAGUAGCGGUCAGCGAUGUGCUUAACCCAAAUAUAGAUGACAUGUCUAGGGGAGUGGGACACCUCGGAUAUGGUGGCAUUCAGGGUGACUUCUCACCUCAGGUUGGUUCAUAUCCUGAGCAAUAUUGUGAUGCGCAGUUUUCCAAGGAUGAUAGUUCAAAAAGCUCUUGGUGUAGAUUUUAACUUAAAGAGGCAGAUUAGUGAAGUCUAUACCACUAGUUACUAAUGUAGCGAGUGUGAGGAAGACAAACAAUGCAUACUACUGUUGAACAUUGUGUUUACUCUUACAGUGUAAUUAGUUUUGUGAAAGGUAAUCAUUAAAUAUGUAAGUGAACAAUAGGAAAAGGUAUAAUGAGUGAAUGAGGCUCCUUUUACUACGAAUAAACCUUAGAGAAAGGCGCAUUUUGUCUAAGAUCCAUCACCUUGCUUCAGUAUGAACUACUUGUUAGUGUUACGUACAAGAUUAUCUUUGUUGUCUCUUGCAGCAACAACUCGUUUCGUCCACAUCGGUGCUUAAUGAACAACUCACAACGUUACUCGUAAGUAGCUCUUGAAAAUACUGUCUGUUGUGUUUAGUUCUGUCGCUUUGUAAGCUCACUCAUAAUUAGUUUUUUACUUAAUUUUUCCAGGGAGUUAUAACUGAUCGAGAUAUGGUGCGAGACAGGUGAGCUUAUUCCUUGUGGAUGUUUUUGUGGUUUUGUUGUUUGUUUUUUGAAUGCAAGCAUGUUUUGGUCUAUCUCUUUCUAAGAUCAGAUAAGGCACUUUCUCUUCGUCCCUUCCCUUCUCUUGCAACAGGGAAUGUCCUCGCUGAGUAUUGUAACUCAAACACAGCACAUUCAGUAUUAUUCAAUAUUCAUUUCUAAAUAGAAUUCUUUAGUCAUGCAUUGAAUCGUUUAAGACAUCUAAAACUCCCAUGUUUUGCUUCCAUCUCUGUCCUUGUUUCUGUUUGCUUCUACGCGUUCAUAUUUCGUGUUUCAAACAUGUUUUCACUUUUUUUUUGUUUUAGGUUGCGAUGUGAUCUUCAGUUAGCUAACUCACAGAUUCAACGCUUAAAGCAGGGUCGAUCAUCAUCUCGUCGCACACGAGAACUUCCUGGUUCCCAGUUUGCUGUCAAUGACGAUAGUUUCUCAGGCGGAUUUCAUUCAGACUCACCUCGACCCAGCUCCCCAACAUCUACCAUCGACUUUGACUCAGGUAAACAGAGCCAUAAACAUGCUUUGGAAUCACUCUUAAGGGUGAAAUUUUAUUUACAGGCAGCUUUUGGAACUAAUUUUUUCUGCUCAGUACAUAGAAGCACAGCCAUUUUUUGGAUUUGUUGUGUCAUUGAUUGAGUCUAUUCUUUCCUUUUUUUUUUCUUCUAUUUUUCCUCCUAGAUUACGCUCGUUUAUCGGAGACAAGCGAUUAUUUAGCCUCUGAGGAUAACAUGGUAGGAAGUUAUUAUUUGUUUCUUCAUAAGGUGGAUGUUGUUAAUAGGUUGUGCUGAUGUAAACCUGAAUACACAAAUCAGAGAAAAGUGUCGAAUUUAGCUCUAACUUAGUUGGUAAAGUUUUUUUAAUCAAGUUCAACUCCGCGAGCUUGCACCACUUUCUCAUUGUGCAUGCUUUGGCAAUUCUUACGCAUCUUUCGUUCUCUCCAAACUUCCCACGUGCUUCAUCGCUCUGGUGAAGGCAUGCUAACGCGUGAGCCAAUUCUUAAUUGUCAGAAGGAUGAUGUUUUAUGUAUACGUUUUCUCUCGUCAUUGUGAUUUAAGAUUUAGGUGCCUUCAACUUGUACCAACAAUGACAUAGCAUGAGCUAAGUUCAGGGCACUGUCUGAGAAUAGGUUAUAUUAACGUUGUGUCAAUCAAUUAGCCAUCAGUCUGCUGCAUUUGACUUCGUACCUACCUUUGCUUAUAAAUUUGAUAGGACUCAGGCGGUCGUUCGUCCUCGAUGUCUGGAUUUCGAAACAGGAGUUCACUGGUAAGUUCAUGUUGUUUACCAGUGUCACGUUUGUGAAUACUUCGGUGUUGGUAGCGUUUUGCGUUUUGUGUUUGGAUUACGUUUUGACAAUGCGUUGUUAUGCUCAUUUUGACCUGUAGUUAGAAUAGCUUGGUAUUUAUUUUCUUCUACUUUUCUUGUUUGUGUGCUGAUGACAGUCUCCAUGCAGUAGGUGCUGAUCUAAAAACUAUGAUAAUCUCGCACUCGUGAUCUCAAGAGGUUGAUAUUUGAAAUGCGUUUUUUUAUUGGGGUUUAUAAUAGUACUGAAUGUUUUUAUUUUAGUUGAGAUAUUCUUGUUGUUCUAAGGGUUAAAACGUAAUUCCGUUUUACUACAAACCUGUUACAAAGUAUUUUAUAAGUGUAGUUUAAAUUGAAAGAAAAUGUGAAUGGUGAUCGAAUUCCCCAUCAACAAGCGUUAUUCACAGCCCCAAUCAAAUAGUAGAUGUAGCAUCACGUCCGCUUAGGCUUGCUAAACAAUUCGAGUAAGCGAGAGAAAAUUUGACUUCGAGUAGUGAAGUUUCGCCACUAUGAUCAUUCCUUAAACACUUAAAUAAACAUAAGACUGUACAAUGAAGUUAAACUUGUGACAGAUUAUUUAUAGCGUUAAACACACACAUUAUCUAAUGCACGGAUGUGUGAAUUUGUUUGUUUGUUUUUCUUUUUUUGUGUGCGUAUUCAUUCCCAUGGCCUAUUGUCUGUAUUGAAUAACUCCCUCCACCCCCACUUUCUAACCAGUAACUGAAGCUUAUUUAAUUUUACUUAAGAUGCUAACAAAUCCAGAACUCGCAAUUGGCACCGAAUGCUACGACGUAUAGCACGUGGUAAGUCAUUCGGUUUUCUUGUGCACCCGUCAAACAACUAGCUUAAACACGUAGUGUAGAACGCCUUAUUAUAGAAUAGAUAAAGUUUAAUCACCUUCUGGACUCCAACGCGCAGCGUUCGAGUCAUACUUUGCGUGCUUUGAGAGCCGAAGCCGUGGAGUUUUUGUUUAAUAUGAUAAGCCUCUUAAACUUAAAGUACACUGUAAGGAAAUUUAACGACAUUGUACUAAAUCAGCACUUAAAAGAUAUGUUAUGUUAUUCAGUGUGCUAUUUAGUCCGCUGUGUUACUAUGAACACCAUCUAUUAUAUUGCCUGUUUACACAUUUUCAUUUCCUGAGCUGUAUUUUGGUUUUCUUCGCAGCCAAUUAAAUAAAAAAAAGGAAAAACGGAAAAACUCGUCGAUCCGAUUCUAACAGAUUAAGAUUUUAUACUUGGCACACUGGUACUUCUUGCUCGGGAAUUUUUUUACUUUUUCCUUGAAUGUUUGCAAUAUGGUCUGAACUGUUUUUGCUCUGGUGUGGUUGUUCGUUAGCUAAUUGACCAAAGCACAAACUUCGCCAUGAUUUUAAUGUUGUUUCCAAUCCGGGCGAAUAAGAUUAAUUUAAAGAAGGACGCUGUCGGCGACGCGUUGCGACAAACUUGAGCGAUGUAGUACCUACAGUCAUAAGAAACAGUGGGUCAUUCAAGUGUUGGCUAGUUGGUCAUUAUGAUGCUUUUGUUAUUGGUUUGUAAAUAGUGAUUGGUCAGCUGCUGGCUGCUCUUUUGUUGGUUUUGGGUGGAGCUUCAGUGGCGGAUAACUCGUUUUCUCUUAAGAGAUAGUUAGUGAAGCAUUCUCGUUACCUCUCACUUUUCCUAGUUUGCCAGAGAUCUGUCAGUAAUAAAAUUUUGUACUUGACGUUGAGAGAUGAUCUCAGAUUCACUUGAUUCUGUGGUUUUCUUGUGUCUUCAAUACGUACUGUUGAAAUUCCUUGUUUCAUACUGGUAACUCGUUUGUUGUGAAAACUCGGUUGUGUACUGAUGUCAUCGGCUGUUUGUCGGCAUGUGGUUUUCUCUUGACCAUUUUCUUUUGCAGAUUUUUGGUUAACAGACCAGGAAAUGUUGCUAUCUAUUUGUUAGGGUGCUAGGGUUUCCCAAAAUAAUUGAUUUAGUGUAGCAUAAGUAGUCAUGCUACUUCAAACUUUGUGUUAAUUACGCUUUGAACAACCACACCUCAAGCUGUUCUUUACGUUUUAGCGGUACUUUUAAGAGUAUGUUAUUCAUCAGCUGCACUUGUGUUUGGUAGUCAAAUGAUGUUUUCAAACUAGGCACCCGAGAGUAAUCUUACAGUGGUUAGGUUCGUCUUAAUCGACCAAUCAGUUGCUAGCUCUUCUCGCCUUUCUUGUUAUCAGGCCUCCAGUGGGUACCGUUCCUCCACGGCUUCUUCUCGGCACUUGAGCCGCUCACGUGACGAAGCAACGACGCAUUGGCGUCAGGGAAGGAACCUAACAAACAACAGGGCCUACUGGAGCGACGACGGUGCGGAGUAUGAGUCACAGGCACAGAUCUAGUUAAGGGACACUCACCUCUUUGCUUUUGUAGUUUUAGUACGACAUGGAACCAGCACAGACUGUGUGGAAUGGUCACCAUGAUAUGCUUAUGACCACCAGUGCGGCUUUUGAUGUCGACGUGCUUCAGGGAUGAGGCGUCAACAGAUCUGAAGCCUCGAACAAUUUACUGUUAUCAAAGCUUUGUGCUGGCACAGCCUUGAAUAAGUUUCAAAUUUCAAUUUAAGUCAGGCGAGAGAAGGCAUUUUAGUCUGCAAUGUUUCUUUUUUAUCGUUAUUUUAAAUUAUAGGAAGGAUUCUUGUAGUGGAGUUUUAUUUAAGAUUUCUACUUCUUUAUUCACCUUUAAUUAUUGAGAGUGAUCUGCAUCAACAUCAGGCUUUUAGGUUCUAGAAUUAAAGAUAUAUUGAGAUAUAUAUAAUGAUCUAAUUGUGUGGAAAGUUUGCCACCAGAUAAAUUUGAAUUGUUCAACUGAGAUCUUGAAAGAAAUUACUGUAACUUGGCUUGAUGAUAUCAGGGGAUGGUUUCGUAUACGCUCUGUUUGUGAAGUCUUCUGUAAGUUUCUGGAAUUGCUCUUUGUACCGUAGAAUAUUCAAAUUUUCAACGAUCAAACACUGCAGUAACCAAUGACAUGAGAGCUCGUUGCGAGGAUUGUAUCCCUUUCAGGGAAUGAGUUUCUAGUCGUUUCGACCAUAGAUUUGUGCCGCAGUUUGGAUAGGUGUCAAUCAAGGUGCCUUUGUUCUGUAGUUUGCGUUAUGAAAUAGGUUAUACAAAACAAUUUUAAUGUAAGAAACACUUCACUUUCUUAUGUUUUUCCCCCUUACGUUUAAAUUUUAUUUCUGGGAAAUUCGAAAACUGUUCUUUCUGAUUUCUCUGAAGUCACCCCUAGAUACGUUCCUUUCACCACAAGCUUAGUGUUAAGUGUCAGUAUAGAUCCGUAGGAAGCAUAGUAAGGGUUUUGAACUAUAAUUUGUGGUAACGAAAUGAAGGGUGACGAAAUCGUGAUGUUGGCGGUGGGGGUUGUUUGUCCCCCUGCAAAUUUUUGUGGUACAGGCGAUGGUGCCGAAACAAACUAGGAUUGAGUGGAGUCUCUUAAAUGUACAGAUGUAUUGUUAUAGACCUUGACAGCGUAGAUAGAACAUUUUAUUCUUUUAAAGUGGAGAUUGUAUGUAUAGUAUUAUUGGCCCAAGUUUCCAAUAAGGAUAUUUCCUGUAAAGGAUAAAUGCAAAUGGCCAAGUUAGUUUAGCAAAUUAAAGUCCAUUAAUAACAACUUGAGUUGUCUAACUUGAUAGUAG